AUGAAGACAGCAGCAGUCCUCGUCGCGACCUCGCUCGCCGUCGCCAACGCGACCAUCUCGGUGCCCGGUAUCAACUACAACCCGCGCAUUGGGCCCAACUGGGGCCCCGACGCCACCAACUGCAAGUCGUCGGCCCAAAUCGACAAGGAUUUUGCGAUUUUGGCCAAGGUCACCAAGGGCGUGCGCAUCUACUCGCUCACCGACUGCAACGCGGGCGAGCUUGUCAUUGGCGCGGCCAAGAAGGCGGGUCUCACGGUCUGGCUCGGGCUCUGGGUCGGCCCCCUCCCGUCGAUCUUUGAUGCGGAAAAAGUCAAGCUCACCGAGCUCAUUGAGGGUGGCCUUGUUGACAGUACUGUCGUCGGUAUCCACGUUGGGUCGGCCGCUGUAUCCCGCAACGACGUGACGCCCGAGAUUGCGAUCGCCAACAUGAAGGAGGUCAAGGACGAGCUCGCGACGGCCAAGAUCAACGUGCCGGUGACGAUCGCCGAUUAUGCGGAUACGUGGGCGGCCAACCCGUCAAUGGUCGAAGCGGUGGACGUGGUGUCGGCCAAUCAGUAUCCGUUCUGGGAAAAGAAAAACGCCAGCGAUUCGGCUGCGUGGUUUUACAAGCGCAUGGAGCCCGUGAUCGCGUCCGCUAUCAAGUACAAGAAGAAGAUUCUCAUCUCCGAGACGGGCUGGGCCACCGGUGGCGCCGCCGAAAAAGCGAGCCCGGCGACGCCAGCGCAAGCUGCGAAAUACUUCAACGACUUUUCGCUCUUGGCCAAGCAAAUGGACUGGAACUACUACUAUUAUACGUCGUUCGACAUGGCGUUCAAUGCGAACGAGACGGACACCAACAACGUCGAGCAGCACUUUGGCCUCUUCUACGCCAACGGCACCAUGAAGCCGUGCUACGCCAACCUCACGGUCUCGGGCGCGUCGACAGUGGUGACCAAGGCACCGUCGCAGCUAGCGACCGUGACGCCCGCGCCCAAAGCCACGCCGGCCAACAAGACGGACAACACGACCACUACCCCUCAAAACCGACUAUUGCGACCACGACGCCAGCCGCGACCGCCAAGUCGGCCGCGGCGGGUGCCGCGCUGA